CCAUUACAAUUUCUCCUUAAAAUAAGUUAUCUUCAAAUUAAUGAUAAUACAUAGGUAGGAAGGAUAAGGACAACAAACAACACAGCUUUCAAAUUGAUCUUGAUUGGUCCACUCUACUUCAGAAUAUUUAAUAAUAAUAAUAAGAACAAGUUGAUAAGAAUGAAGUAGAUUUGAAAGUGUGUGUUGGCGUUGUCACAACAAAAAUGAAGUUCUCAAAAUUUCAAACCUGUUUGUUGGUGGUGGUGUUGUUCAGUAGCAUUGUAGAAGAAAAUAUAUUUGUAUUUUCAGAACAAAAUGUUGGAUUUUUCAUAUUUGGUGAUUCAAUUUUGGAUGCUGGAAACAACAAUUACAUCAACACCACUACCAACUUUCAGGCCAAUUUCCCUCCAUAUGGCCUCACCUUCUUCCACAACCCUACUGGCAGGUUUUCCGACGGCCGUCUUAUUCCUGAUUUCAUAGCUGAGUAUGCAAAGUUGCCACUGAUUAGGCCAUAUUUAGAUCCUCACAACAAUCUCUACAUCCAUGGCGUCAACUUUGCUUCCGGUGGAAGUGGUGCUUUACUCGAGAGUCACCAAGGAUCGGCCAUAACGCUUCAAACUCAGUUGACGAAUUUCAUUGAAGUGGGGAAAUCAUUGAGGAAGAAGUUGGGAGAUAACAGAGCUCAAAACUUGCUCUCAAACUCAGUUUAUUUGAUCAGUACAGGAGGAAAUGAUUACAUAAGUCUUUUUGAAGGAGACUCCACUGCCUUCCAAAUCUAUACUCAAACACAAUAUGUGAAUAUGGUGAUUGGAAACCUCACCACAGUGAUCCAGGAAAUAUACAAGAAUGGAGGAAGGAAAUUUGGAUUAGUGGGAGUGCCUUCUUUGGGUUGUAUGCCAAGGUUGAAGAUGUUGAAAGGAGAAGGACAUGGAAAGUGUGUAGAAGAGGCUUCUUCAAUAGUAAAUUUGCACAACAAAUUGCUUCCCAUUGCUCUACAAAACCUUGCCACUCAACUCAAUGGAUUCAAAUAUGCUUUUGCUGAUGCCAACAAUUUGCUUCUACAAAUAAUACAAAACCCUUCCAAAUAUGGUUUCAAGGAAGUGGAGACAGCAUGUUGUGGGAGUGGAGAGUACAGAGGAAUUUAUAGUUGUGGAGGAAGAAGAGGAACAAAAGAGUUUAAACUAUGUGAAGAUCCAACCAAAUAUUUGUUCUUUGAUUCAUAUCAUCCCAACCAAAAAGCUUAUGAGCAACUUGCAAGGCUCAUGUGGAGUGGAGAUGAACAAGUCAUUAACCCUUAUAACCUCAAACAACUCUUUCAAUAUGGAUCACCUUCGUUGGCCUACGAAUGAAAAGAAAAGAAAACUAUAUUCUAUAGUGUCUUUUUCUCAUUAUUAGACACUUCUUUUCUUUUCCCUUUUUUUCGAUUUUAUGUUUGUUAGAGUAUUUCUUAAUCAGUUGCCUAUGUUUAGCAUUAGAUCGUUCACUUCUUCUAUUUUCGCCCUAAUAAAGCUAUGAGUUCGAUAAUGUCAUUGUGUACAUAAACUUGAUCGAAGUGUCUAGUGUUAGAACGUGGGAAAAGUUUACCUUUUUAAUCGAAGUGCUGUUGGAUAUCAUUCUUAA